UGCAACCCGGGAGAGCGAGCAAGAUUGCGAGCAUUACCAGGUCGAGGCGAGGGAGCAUCGUUCAACCAUGCAUGAUCGCAAGUAGAGACAGCGAUCGCAGGGUGGUGGAGGGCCCGUUCGAAGGACAGUUUGGAACAUGGUUUGUCGAUCAAGAUGACGCGGUAGAAGUUCUCACCUAUCGUCUAUCUCUCGUCGGUGCUGCGCUUGCGACUGUGACUGGAGUAGGAAUGGCCGUGUUGCCCAACUUUGUGCAAGCUCAACCUCCCUCGACUGCGGCGUUGGAUGCCAUGGCCGUCUUGUUUCUUGCCUCCUUUGGUGUCUCUCUGAAGACAAUUCACAUCUACAUGAAGCCGAUGCACAACAUGCUCAAGGCGCUUUGGGCAGGAGGAGCCCUGGGCUCGUUAGCCGUCUUUGUUGCAGGACCGAACCACAGCCUCGUGAAGGAUUGCUUCGAGCACAGCGAGUUCUUGCUCGCCUCGGGUUGGGCAUUUGUCGCCCUCACGGGUCUUUUCUUCAAGGAGUUUGCAUGCUUUCAGAGGUGGGAGGCAUCAGCACUCUUCGCCGGUCUGCCCAUCCUGACAGGAGGGCAUUUUCUGCAUCUCCUCUCUGAAGAUGUCGAGAAGGGCUUGGCUGUGAUGUUUGCCACUGUGUUUGUCUUCUUUGCUGCGAGGAAGUUUGAUCAACCUCUCAAGGCAGACAUCGGAGACAAGAGCAUCUUCGAAUAUCUCGCGCUGCAGGAGAAGAUAGGACAAUAG